CAGACUGGUCCAGUGCAUCAGUAUCUCUGAUCUCAGACAGUCUGAGAGCACAUCAUAGAAACAUCAACAUGAAGAAUCUCUUAAUGCUCGUCUGUUCUUUGAUCCUAAACGGUGUGUUUGGUGCUGAUGAUGUUAAAGUGUCAGUGAUGGAGGGAGACUCUGUCACUCUUACCAUUAAUCCCGAUGAUAUAAAGCGAGCUUCUAAUCUGGAGUGGACGUUUAAUGAGACAAUUAUAGCAAAGAUUGAUAUAGAAAAUAAAAAUAGUCUUGUAGAAUACCCCGAUGUGAGAUUCAGAGACAGACUAAAGGUGGACCGUCAGACCGGAUCCCUCACCAUCAAAAACAUCACAUCUGAAGACUCUGGAGAAUAUAAACUGCAAAUCAGAGGCAGCACAGAAAAGAAAAAGACCUUCAUAGUUUCUGUCAGUGAAAUGAGCACAGUGUCUUUGAUGGAGGGAGAUUUUUUCACUCUGCAACCUGGUGUUAAAAUACAGACAGCUGAUGUCGUAGAGUGGAAGUUCAAUGGAGAUGUUUUAAAACCCUCAAGAGUCGCGAACUGUGAUGUGAAUCAUCAGACCGGAGACCUGAACAUCGCAAAUAUCAGACUCAAUCAAUCUGGAGAAUAUGAAGUGAACGUCACAGGAGGAAGUUUGAUGUUACACAAGACAUUCCGCAUUAAUGUCACUGAACUGGAGCCAUUAGCAGGCGUCGUGGGACAUUAUGUGGUUAUGCACACUAGAACAGAAAAAAAGACAGAUGAUGUGAUAGAGUGGACGUUUGAAAGGGCUGUCAUCGCUCAGUUCAACAGAACAUCCAAUGACGUCUCAUAUAAAGAUCCUGAUGGGAGAAUGAAAAACAGACUGAUGCUGGAUCAGAGUGGAUCUCUUACCAUCACAAACAUCAGAUCUGAAGACUCAGGAUUGUAUGAUGUAAACAUCAAUAGCAGCCAACACAUCAUUCACAAGAGAUUUAAUGUCACUGUCACAGCCAUGACAGAAUCCAUUCAGAGGUCACACUGGGAAAUAACUGGACCAGUAGCACUGGCAGCAUUAAUCCUAUUGGUGAUGUCAUUUAUAGUAUAUAAGUGCUCCAAAAACAGAUUGCAUUAAAAAGAAGAGAAUGAGACUUGUGAACAAUUAAACAAGCCGUCCUUCAACACCAACGGUACAUAGACACUCAAUACUUUAUAAAAUAAAUAAAGUGUUGACUUCAAAUACAUAAAAAAAAUCAUCUGUUGAGCUGUGAAACAAGUGUUGACACUGUUCAUUUGCUGGUGUAUAAAUAGACAAACAUUUUCUUAUUUUAAAAUGUGACAUAAUCUUUUGCUGUUUGCACUGUAUGUACCGCACUGUAUGUACCGCUGUACACCGCAAUGAUGCACAACUCAUGUUGUAAAUACCAAACAAUAUGUUUACAUU